GGAAUAAAGGACAGGACAGUCCCUCCAGCUGCUGCUGCAACAACAACAACAGCAGCAGCCCCACCCCCGGCUCCCUGGCACGUCCGUCCCGUGCAGCCAGCCGGGGUGGCGAUCUGGUGGAGAGCCUGAAGCUGCUGAGCCUGUGCCUCAGGGGGCGGGGGGGGCAGCUGACCAUUGACCCUGGCAGCCUAUCAGGAGGGAGCGUGAAGAUCCAGGAGAAAUCCUCCUGGAGGAUGUGCAUCAGCUCCACCGCCCAUCCCACCAACGUCCCCGCCCUGCCACGUACCCACGCAUUGCACCCCCAGCGCAGAACAGCAGCGCCCACCCCCCACCGUGCCAGGGACGCUCCCAGCAGCUUGAGCGCUCUGAAAAGCAGCAUGCUCCAACUACCUCUGUGUGAGAAGAUCUCUGUGAACAUCCAGGGGGGGGGCGGCGGGCGGGACGGCCUGCUCUGCUCAGUUGCGCCUGCCAGCUGCUGCCACGUCAUCUGAAGCUCCGCCCCCAGGGUCGCUGAAGACAGUACUUCCUGCUGUCUGUC